AUGGCGGCACAGCAAGAGACGUACCACGCCCUCAAGGCGAGCGAGCUUGCAUGGGCAAGAGCCAACACCUUGCGCAAAGCUGCUGCAGAGUCUGGCCUCUGCGCAGCUGUAUGCGAAGGCUGCACCGGUUUGCCAGAGCAGCCUAGCGUGCUCCAGAACUUCAAAGAAGCAAUGGUCAUCAUGCGGGACCGCGUUGCGAGACAUGCCGUUGGCCACGCCAGAUCUUUCCUCAACGACCGCGAGACGAUGAACUACGUGGCCUACUUGAAUCGCGACAACGGCUUUCUCAGCCAGAUACGCAACGCGUACUACAAACUUCAGUCAGAUGUAUUACUUGGUUUGAUAGGGAACUACGCGUUGUGGGAAACCUUCUGCCCCGAGUUAUGGCAAGAUCCUGGCGACAUCGAGUACCACACGAUCACGCAAGAAAUCCUUAAGAUUUCCGAGCCAGGCUAUGCCGGCAUGUUGCAGCUGAGCAUGAAGGCACAGUGGCUCUUCUUGCAGCUCCGCGUGGAAGACAACAACAGGGUGAGCCUAGAUCUGCUCGUGCAAGAGCAAAUCGACCGGGCAAGAUUCCUGUGCGUCAGCGCAGUGCGGAACAUGGUCGUCGCCUUACAUCACUUCCGGCAAGAUCUCGAGGGCAGCGGCAUUCUCAGCUCCGACGAAGGCCAGCGAAAGGCAAGAACCGUGCAAGCCUAUAUCAUGCGAGAGAUUCUUGCGAUUGCUUUCUCGUGUGUCGGUGUCAGAGCCUGCUGCCACUUCGAAAUGGUGUAUCAACUCUUGCAAGAGUGUGUGCCAAAGGCGCCAGAAUCAAUCGUGCACAUGUUGAGAAAAGAACACAAACUGAUGCAAUCAAAUCUCCUAAAACAGCUCAUAAUGAGCAAGAGCGUUUGGUGUCGCACGAUGUCUGAUCUCGAGCGCAAGAGCAUGCCCAAGUUCUGGCCAAACUCAGAGUCACAAAAGGGCACUGUCAGAGUCUGGAAGCUGUAA